AUUGUAACGUACUGCGUACUCAAAUGUUGGCUAGUAAGUACGGACAGUACGGGUAUUGGAACACGGCAGAAGGGGCGGGACUUCUCCCAAGUUUUCCCGCUUCUUCUCAGUUUGGGGCCGAAUCAACUGAAAAAUAGAAUCUCGGAUCUCCAUUUUUGUGCCAUUCAAGUGCAUGUGACGAUUGAUCUGGACUCAAGCUGUAGGCCUACCAGUCAGAUGAGUAACUCAGUGGAGGAGGAGGACUUUGCGGAUAUCAGGGCCUACUUUUCCACAACAAAAUGGAACCGCCUCUGUAUGGCAGAGAAAAAAAGAUUCCUGCAGAUCAAGGAAAACCAUUUGGUUCUGGCGUCUCUUGGCCUGUCCUCUGUGGCUCCAGCCUUCAUGAGGAGAGAGAAGUCCGGCCAGGUGAGAGUCUGCUCACCUGAAGAGACAGACUCUGAGGAGGAGCAGCUCUGGACCUCUGGAUUGACCGGUGCUCGAGUGUGGAAGCCACCAACAGUCAGACAGGGGUCUCUACAACAGCCCAGUACGUCAGAUGCAGUUUCUGUACAGAGUCUCUCAGGGCGGGGCUGGAGUGACCAGGAGGUCUCUGGAGGGCCCACUCCUUCUCAUCCAGAGAUCGACCCCCCCGGAGGAGGAGUAGAGAGGGGCUCUGCAGUCCAGGAGGAGGUCUCAUUGGUUCUCCAUGAACAUAUGAAGGGCUCAAAUGUUUAUUCAAGAGAGACGAACCUGAGAAAUGUUCUCAGAGUUAACUACCAAGAACCAGAAGUACCUAAGGAUGACGACUACUUCUUCUGUGAUGAGUGUAGGACUUUCUUCCUCGAAGAGUGCGAGGUCCACGGUCCUAUCGUCUUCAUGGCUGAUCGCCCUGUUGCUGUCAGAGAGAAAAAGAAGACGCUGCCCGCUGGGUUUGAGAUCAGAGAUUCUGGGAUCCCUGGGGCCGGUCUAGGGGUGUUUUACUGUGGAGACGGUGGCCUUCCCAUUGGAACACACUUUGGACCCUACGAAGGACACAGGACGGAUGAAGAGGGAGCCCUGGAGAGUGGAUACUCCUGGGAGAUCUACAAGAGCAGACACAGUGAUUACAUUGAUGCAAAGAGAGAGACACUUUCUAACUGGAUGAGGUACGUCACUUGUGCUCGUAAUGAAGAGGAAAGGAACCUAAUAGCGUUUCAGCACAAAGGAGGGAUUCUGUAUCGCUCCUGUGGCCUCGUGACUUCAGGAGCAGAGCUCUUGGUCUGGUAUGGGGACGAAUACGCCAGACAUCUGGGAAUCGGAUUUGAUCGACUGUGGAACAACAAGAGCUCUACUAAAGGAGGGAAAUCCCAGCUGACACCAGCACAGGCUUUCCCCUGUCCCGAGUGUCCGUACUCCUACACGUCUCAGAUCUUCCUCCACAAACAAAUGAAGAGGAGCCAUGGCGACCUGUACGGCCGACUGCUGAGGAGUGGAGAAAUCAAGGUGGAGCCUAGUCUCCUCCCAUACGUCGCAGCCUCCUAUCAAGAACCGAUCGGAGCCUCCCCGGGAACCGUCCAAAGCACGAGCCAGAUUCCAGCAGAAGGAGCCGGACAACACAGAUGUGAGAAGUGCAGUAAAACCUUUAGUCGCCCUCAUAGUCUGAAGGGACACCAGCGCAUCCACACGGGAGAGAAACCAUACCACUGUAAACAGUGUGGGAAAACAUUUAGUCAAUCUGGUCAUCUGGAGAGACACCAGCGCAUCCACACAGGAGAGAAACCAUACCACUGUAAACAGUGUGGGAAAACAUUUAGUCAGUCUGGUGAUCUGAAGAAACACCAGCGCAUCCACACAGGAGAGAAACCAUACCACUGUAAACAGUGUGGGAAAACAUUUAGUCAGUCUGGUGAUCUGAAGAAACACCAGCGCAUCCACACGGGAGAGAAACCAUACCACUGUCAGAAGUGUGGGAAAACAUUUAGUCGAUCUGGUCAUCUCAAGAGACACCAACAACUUCACAGAGGACCCAAUCCCUAUGAAUGUGAGAAGUGCAGUAAAACCUUUAGUCACUCUGAUAGUCUGAAGGUUCACCAGCGCAUCCACAUGGGAGAGAAACCAUACCACUGUCAACAGUGUGGGGAAACAUUUAGUCUAUCUGGUGAUCUGAAGAGACACCAGCGCAUCCACACAGGAGAGAAACCAUACCACUGUAAACAGUGUGGGAAAACAUUUAGUCUAUCUGAUGAUCUGAAGAAACACCAGUGCAUCCACACAGGAGAGAAACCAUACCACUGUAAACAGUGUGGGAAAACAUUUAAUAGAUCUGGUAAUCUGAAGCUACACCAGAGGAUCCACACGGGAGAGAAACCAUACCACUGUCAACAGUGUGGGAAAACAUUUAGUAGAUCUGACGAAUUCAAGGUUCACCAGCGCAUCCACACGGGAGAGAACCCAAACCACUGUCAACAGUGUGGGAAAACAUUUAGGUCAUCUAGUCAUCUGAAGGUACACCAGCGCAUCCACACAGGAGAGAAACCAUGCAACUGUAAACAGUGUGGGAAAACAUUUAGUACAUCUGGUAAUCUCAAGAGUCACGCACAACUUCACAGAGGAGUCUCCACCCAAACAACCAUGUGAAGAAACUAAAUGGUUCCCAGACAUCUGUUAUUCAAAUCUAAUCGAACAUGGUCCUUGCUGUUAUAUGUUAAAAGGGCACAUGAACGGUUAAUUGUUUAUCUCAUCAACUUUAUGUAUUUAUUUAUAUUCAUGUCUGUAUGAGUGAAGG